AUGGCUCCUCAGCCAGCUGCCCAGCCUGAAAGUUGGUACACCUGGUACCAAGGGUGGGUCCUUUCGUUCAACCAAUUCCUCACCAACAUACGAUAUCUCGGACACGGGGGUCUGCGCACGAACCGCUAUUGGAUCUGGAAAGAGAAUCAGCAGAAGGCCCAGGCCCAAAUCUGGGACGACCCGCGGGGAUACUAUUUCUGUAAUAUCGUGGCUGUUAGUCCCGAGGCGCAAGGGAAGGGGAUUGGGAAACUUCUAUUUGAGACGGUUACGAAGCAAGCGGAUCAGGAGGGCAUUAAGUGUUACUUGGAGAGCUCGAAAAAUGUGCCUAAUGUGCAGAUCUAUGAGGGGAUGGGGUUUGAGAUGAGUCGGGAGAUGGAGUGUCGUGACGGAGAUGAUGCUUGCAUGUUGGACUUUACUAAUUUCCUCCGCGCGGCUGUUCCUACAGCUCUAUUGUAUGACGAGAAAUCCCCAAACCAAGUGAUGCUCGCGGUUGGGAUUCGGAAAUUUGCGUAA